GGAUCAUUGUCCUCUCCCGCUCGGGCGGGGCAGGGGCGGGCCGGGCCGGGCUAUAAGAGGCGCCGUCUGAGCCCGCGGCCAGAGCCGGCUCUUGCUUCAACAGUGAUUGAACGGAGCCUCCUCCCGCCCCAGCACCAGCACCUGUAUCUGCCCCGGCCAUGGACUCCCAGGUGCGCCAGAACUACCACCGCGACUGCGAGGCCGCCAUCAACCGCAUGGUGAACAUGGAGCUGUACGCCAGCUAUGUCUACAUGUCCAUGUCAUAUUACUUUGACCGUGAUGAUGUGGCACUACAGCAUGUGGCCCACUUCUUCCUGGAGCAGUCACAUGAGGAGCGGGAGCACGCCGAGCACCUGCUGCGCUUCCAGAACCAGCGUGGAGGCCGCGUCCUGCUCCAGGACAUCAAGAAGCCAGAGCGAGAUGCUUGGGGCUCCACACUGGAGGCCAUGGAGGCUGCGCUGCAGCUGGAGAAGACUGUCAACAAGGCCCUGCUGGACCUGCACCGACUGGCCUCCGAGAAGGCUGACCCCCAUCUCUGUGACCUGCUGGAGUCCCACUACCUGGACGAGCAAGUGAAAGCCAUCAAGAAGCUGGGCGACUAUAUCACCAACCUGCGCCGCCUGGGUCCCCAGGGGGGACUGGGCGAGUACCUCUUCGACAAGCACAGCCUGGAGGGCAGCAGCAGCUGAGCCCAGGGGGCCUCCCUCUGAGCCCCGCAAUCCCUACUGCCCCACCCAAGGGGGCCUGCCUGCUGGCUGAGUGGGUGGUUGUCUGUCUGUCUGUCUGUCUGUCCACGCACCUACCAGCAUGACUCCAAUAAAAAGGGUUCAGUAUAAAA